UAUGCACGGGUUCCCAGCAUUCACGCCAAUGGUAGCGUUCGAUCAGAAAAUGGUAGCGUUCACCGGGAAGGAAGUGUUGGUAAGCUCGCAACCGGAUAGCGCUAGAGCUAGAGCAGAUUCGAUUGUAUCCGGUAUACUAAGAAGCCGCGAAAACUCAAUCAAUACGCUCGGAAUUCCCGGAGUCCUAAGUCGUGAACCAAGUCACGUGACACUAGGUGUACCGAGCCGUCAAGGGACUUUUAAACUUCGCCGAAGCUUUGAGAGUAUUCCAGAAAGCGUUAGGCGAAGUGUUUCCAGGGAAAGUUUAGGAGGUGUUGGAGAACAUGCUCAUACCUCGCAGAAUAAUGAUGGAAGUGAAAGGCGAGAGAGGACCGGUAAUGGUCGGCCGGCUCCGCCAACAUACGAAGAGGCAAUUGCCGAAGGGACUUUUGAAUCGGACGAAGAAGCCGAUGCUGACGAUGAAAACGACGAGAGGCAGGUAAAUACGAGGUUUCUUUAUAACAUUAGUAUCUUAGAAAGUUAA